UCAUUCCUUCUUUAUCAAUUUGUUUAUCUACAGCAACUUACUAAGGAGGCAUGGAAGCUAAUCAGGUUCCACUAGUUCCAUCUAGUAACGCAGGAAUAGCUGCAUGCAUGAUUGUGCCUGAGGUUCUUAAAGAAGAUAAUUAUGAAAGAUGGUGUAUUUUUAUGCAACACUAUUUAGUGGCUCAAAACCUUUGGGAUGUGGUUAUAUCAAGAAAGAUGCCUCAUGCUCAUGGAGAAGACCCAAAGGAGUGGAUUAAAAGGAAUGCUUUAGCUCUGCAUACAAUUAAGAUUUCAUGUGGAGCAGAAAAGUUUGAUCGGAUUAAGAAGAAGAAUUCAGCCAAAGAUGCAUGGAAUGCAUUGGCUAAUUUGCAUAAACAGCCAAAUGAAGGCGGGAACAAAGAUACAGGAAUCAGGAUUGAAAGGAAACAAGCUGUGACAUUGCUCAAGGACAUAAAAAAGGGGGACUCUGAUGCUGUAAAGAAACUCUUUGAAACACAUCCUCCGUAUUCUGCAGCAUUAGAAAACGGUUCCACUGCCCUUCAUGUUGCAAUUACUACUGGCAAGAUAAACCUGGCUAAGAAACUGAUUUCGGUGAUGUCAGAAGAAGAGUUGGAAACACAAGAUAAGAGUGGUGAGACAGUUCUUUCCUUGGCUGCUCGUAAGGGAAGUAGAGAGAUCGUAGAAUGUUUGGUUGGAAAGAACAAAAAAUUGCUUGAAAUCCCAGAUUGCGAGAAGAAUAUCCCACUUGUACUGGCAUGUGCCACACGCCAUCAGUCUUUGACUCGUUAUCUUUAUUCAGUGACACCUGAAGAAUUUCUAGAUCCAGGAAAUGGCGACGACCAUGGAUUCUUCUUCCUCAAAGAGUGUAUAAGGAAUCAUAUGUUCGGUCGAUCGCUAGCAUAUGAUCAUCUAAAGUAUGCCCGUGAGAUGGUACUCUUCAUAUGUGAGCAACUGUCAACUUUAGAAAGAGACCAAUUUAUGAGAAGUGGAGCAGUGGAAGCCACCUUCAAGGCUAUCAAGCUUGGCGACCUUGACUUUGUAAAACAAAUUACAGAAGCUAAUCCUGAUAUAGUUUGGAACCUUGGUCCCGAACGCUCAAGAGAUAUGUUAAUGUAUGCUGUAGCACAUCGUCAAAAAGAAAUUGCCAAGUUUCUUUAUGGGCUCAAUGUGUGGAGGAACAUGUCAGAUGACGACCAAAACAACAUUUUACAUCUGGCUGCAAAGUCAGCUCCCAGCUUUCCCCAUAUUCAUCAUUUCUCUGAUCCUUUUCUUCAAAUGAAAAGCGAAGCAACCUGGUUUAAGCGAUCGGGAUGGCCUCCCCGUCUUCUCUAAAAGAUCAUCUUUUAAGCCACUCUUAGACUGGGAUCCAAUUUCUGUCCUUUUUGCGUCUCUUUCAGUGCUGUUGUUUUUGGAUAUCCACAAAUCGAGUCUUACCGAGGAAGAUUUCCUAUCUGGAUUCUUGACUAUCAAGUUGGUCUUGUGCUUUUAUUUCCUCUUCUGGUCCAUUGGAGCUAUGCUAAUUUGCUAUUUUGCUUCUGUUAAACUUGUGGAUAGCACAAUUAUUUCGCUGGUCCCUUUAAAUGCUGUUGUCUUUGUUUGUUUAUAUAUCUACAUUUUUCUAAAACACCAUCUACCUCUUAUUAAGAUUUUAACUUUCCGAAUUUUUUGAUGGCAGAAAGCACAGUUUCCACCUGUUUUCAGAUUUCAUCUUUCAACAAGUUCGCCAAUCCUACUUCAAUGUAUCUGCAGUUAAACAUCGUCACUUUUUCCAGUGUACUAAAACCUCAAUUUCGCG